AUGUCAAAUGCAUCACCAGGCCCCGAGCAGGGCACACCUACCACGCCCUCGAGUCCAUUAUCACAGUCGCAAAGAGUGCUUGCAUGUGUGCUCUGCCAGCAGCGCAAGGUGAAAUGUGAUCGAAAGUUCCCAUGUGCAAAUUGCAUCAGAUUCCGGGUGCAAUGUGUGCCUGCAACGUUGGCUCCGCGCCAGCGAAAACGCAGAUUCCCUGAACGAGAAUUACUGAAGCGUAUCCGCAAGUAUGAAUUUUUGCUACGACAGAAUAAUGUCCAGUUUGAGCCUCUUCACCCGAACGAGUCGAAGGAGGCUCCCGGCGCGGGGGUCGACUUCGGUUCAAAUGAUGAGCAAGCAGGAUCCGCAAGGACGGACCAGUCGUCUCCAUCAACAUCCGGAAAGCACGAAGAAGUAAACGAGAUCAAGUACGAGGCUCUUCGACCUUUCAUACCAAAAUACAUACAUCCAGAUGCAGAAGAUGAGGACGAUUGCUUACCCAGCGACGUGAAUGAGGUUGGAGUCAAGAAGGUAUGGGAUCAGCUCUUUACAGAUGAUAACCUUCUUCUUGGCUCGCGUAAGACGCCUGCCGAGCUGUCAACUCUGCACCCAGAUCCUGUACAAAUAUUUCGGCUCUGGCAGAUCUAUCUCAACAAUGUCGACCCAUUGCUCAAGGUCACACACACUCCAAGCCUACAGCCGCGGCUCAUCGAAGCUGCGAGUAACAUGGCAAACAUAAGCCCGACCCUGGAGUCGCUCAUGUUCGGCAUAUAUUCCAUGGCCGUUAUGAGCCUCACUACGGACGAAUGCCAGGGCACCUUUGGUUCAGCAAAGGAAGACCUUUUGACAAGGUACCAGUUUGGUUGUCAGCAAGCGCUCAUGAACUGUGGAUAUUUGCGAACUGGCGAUCGCGAAUGUCUCACCGCAUUCCAUCUCUUCUUGGUCUCAAUCGGACCCGGCACAGAUCCUCGAUCUUUAUCGUCUCUGCUGGGCGUCGCAAUGCGUAUUGCGCAGCGUAUAGGAAUCCAUAGCGAGGCAGUCUCUGCCAAAUGCACCGUCCUCGAGGCAGAAAUGCGGCGUAGACUCUGGUGGUCGCUCAAGAUUUUCGAUAGUCGAAUCGGCGAACUAGCCGACCACAAGACUAUUGUUCUGGAUCCUCUCUGGGACUGCAGAAUUCCUCGCAACGUGAAUGACUCUGAUCUUCGGGCGGGGAUAAAAGAGCCGCCGCCAGUUCAAGGCAUUUCGAGCGAGGCACUUUUUGUCGUCGUGCGCGGUGAGCUUGGCGAGUUCGUCCGCCAUUCCAAGGCCUACCUUGGCUUUACCAACCCGUCUUUCAAAUCAUUCUUAUCGGAAUCUGCCCCCGAAGACGGUGAGAUGGCCACUCUACAGAAGAUGAUCGAAGACAAAUAUCUCAAGCUGUGCAAUCCGGAGAACCCACUGCACUUCAUGACCAUCUGGUCAACACGGCUUUUUAUUGCUAAAUACUUUCUUGUCGAACACUAUUGGAAGCACUCCGACUCGUAUGGGGAUCAAACCGCGGCGCAGCGCGACAAGGCUAUUGGUUAUGCACUCACCAUGCUCGAAAGUGAUACUAAGAUAGUGGCAUCGCCUCUUACCAAGGGCUUCCUGUGGAUGGCUCAUUUCUACUUCCCAUUGCCAGCAUACAUCCACAUUCUCCAAGAUCUCAGACGACGACCCUCAUCCAAGUUUGCAGACAAGGCCUGGGAAGUCAUGAGUGAUAACUAUGACGCUCGCGUUAAUACUCACGAAAAGGCCGAGAGCCCGAUCUACGAUAUAUUCGUCAAACUGGUCCUUCCGGCAUGGGAGGCUCGCGCGGCAACAUUCAAGACAACGCCGAUACCGCCACGAAUUGUAUCGUAUGUCCAAGAGGUCGUGGCGCAAAAGGAGCAGGGUAGACAGGCUGGAGGAAUUGAACAUAUUGAUAUUGGUAUUGACGAUUUGCACAUACCCAUGCCAAUGCCGAUGUCCAUGCCGGUGGGGUUGGGUAAUCAUGGAUUACUGUAUGGUGCAGGAGGGCAAGAUAGCUCUGCAGGAACAGGCUUCGGCGACCCCGGACAGUUUAAUCAGUUUGACUGGGCAGCAAUGGACUGGGACUUGACUGGGCGUCCUGCUUGGUGA